AUGUCGCUCUCUGCUGUUCCGGCCAGUUUCUCUGGCGACUUCAAAGCGCACUCCAACUACAGCGCUUCUGUCAAGCGUCCUAUUGAGCCAGUUGGAAAAUAUUUCCUUGCACAUGCCACCAGAACCUUGCGUGGACACACCUGGUCUGAGUACGAGAAGAUCGAGGCUUCCAAGAACGUCACUUCUGUGGACGAGUCCGGUGAGGACGAUGAGUUCGACGAAGAGCAGGACGAGGACCUGCUUGAGCACGAUCCUAGAGACUGGAAAACAUGCGACCUUUACGCUGUGAUGGGUUUGUCCAAGCUCAGAUACAGAGCAACUGAGGAUCAGAUUAGAAGAGCUCACCGUAAGCAGGUUUUGAAGCAUCACCCAGACAAGAAGGGUGCUGCUGGUGGAUUGGACCAGGACGGAUUUUUUAAGAUCAUUCAAAAGGCAUACGAGACCCUGAUGGACCCAUCCAAGAGAAAGCAAUACGACUCUGUGGAUUUCCACGCGGAUGUGGAGCCUCCUGCUGCCAAGGAUACCUACGACUUCUUCGAGGCAUGGGGACCAGUGUUUGCUAGCGAGGGUAGAUUCUCUACUAAGCAGCCUGUUCCAGAGUUGGGAAAUGCCGACUCUACUAGAGCUGAGGUGGAAUCUUUCUACAAGUUCUUCACCAACUUCGACUCCUGGAGAACUUUUGAGUUCUUGGACGAGGAUGUUCCUGAUGACACUGCCAACAGAGACCACAAGCGUUACAUCGAGAAGAAGAACAACAAUGCCAGAAAGAAGAGAAAGACCGAGGACAACAGAAGACUUGCUGAACUUGUGAAGCGCGCCAACGCUGAGGAUCCAAGAAUCAAGAAGUUCAAGGAGGAAGAGAAGGCUGAGAAGGCCAAGAAGAAGUGGGAAAGAGAGGCUGGUGCCAGAAAGGCUGCCGAAGAGGCUAAGGCCAAGGCUGAGGCCGAAGCUAAAGCCAAAGAAGAAGCAGAAGCCAAGGCCAAGCUCGACAAAGAAUCAUCCAAAAAGGCUAAGGAGGCUGCUAAGAACGCCAAGAAGAAGAACAAGCGUGCAGUCAGAUCUUCUGCCAAGGAUACUGGCUACUUCGGUGCUGAAGAUAAGGCCACUGCUAUUGAUGCCGACCUCGAGCUUCUGUUGGAGUCGUUUGACGAUGUCACUUUGUCCGACGUUGCUGGAAAGUUGAACGGAGCUGAUGCCGCUUCUGCCAAGUCGAUUUUGGACGAAGCUGCCCAGAAGACCGGCAAGACCUACAAAUUCUUUGGUUAA